ACCACACUAAGCGCGCGCGUUUAUUUUCGUUUACUUUACAUCUGAUUUAUUUAUUUAUUUUGAAUGUAAAUAGUAUUUAAAAUUAAGGAUACCAUUAUUUAAUAAAAUGCCUUAUUCUAUGAUACGGCACUUACGCCGAACAGUGCUUUUAACUCACCAAAUACGACUCGAAAGCACCAUGACUAAUUUAACUCAUGAAGAUUACCUGAUUCGACCUCCAAUAACACAAUGGAGCAAAAUAAUUAGAGAAGCAGAGAAAAUUGUUGGAUAUCCAACCUCUUUCAUGAAUCUUAGAUGGCUAUUAAGUGACGAAUUCGCUAAUAUGGCCAUGCAUUUACGCAAAGUGGUGGACAGUAACCAUCCAUUAAUGAAAACAGCAAAAUCGGUCAUAUAUAAUGAACAUAACAACCUACAACCAUGGGGCUUAGUCAUCUUACUUCUGUCAAAAGCAGUUAACCCACCAAUGUCACCUUUGCAAGCCAAUAAAGUAAAUGAGAGCCAACGUAACCUUGCCGAAUUAACAGAGAUGAUACGAACAGGUCACUCAGUUCACAGAGGUCUUCUGAAUAUACCAAGAGGAAAAUAUAAAGAUUUUGAUACAGAAUUAUUUGCUAAUAAAAUAGCUAUAUUAAUCGGUGACUACUUACUCGUUACCGCUAAUGGGAUGCUGGCACGUUUGAAAAAUCAAGAUUUAUCAUAUUUAAUAUCUACAGCAUUACGUGAUAUAAGUGAAGGUGAAUUCUUUGGUGAUAGGGAUUCUCAAAACUUACCGCUACCAGGUAAACCUCUAAGUAUGUUGGAUUUGUAUGAAAUAAAUAGUGAUACUUUGCCUUUUGAUGUGACCAAUGUAUUAGGAUCACCAACAAAAGAGUGGACAUUACGGACAUUGUACGGUGGUGGUAGUUUAUUCGGUCGGGGAUGUGAGGGUGCUGUUUUAUUAGCAGGUAAAGGUAAGAAAGAACAAGAAAGGGCUUAUUUACUGGGUUGCCAUUUAAGUUUAGUAUGGCAAGCGGCCAGUGACUUACAGAAAUUCACAACAGAUAAUAAAGAAUCUUACUCUUUAGUUAGUGCUCCGGUAUUAUUCGCGGUGAAUGAGUCACCAGAUAUUUAUAAAGAGAUAGAAAAAUUUAAGAAUGAUUUAAGAGAAUUAGAUUAUGAUGCAAUUAAGAGUUGUGUUUUAAAAACAAAUGCGAUAGAACAAACUAGAAUGUUGUUUUCAACUAAUUCUAAAAUAGCGGCCAGGUAUGCUGAUAUGUUUGGUAACUGUGAAUCUAUUAGGACAAUUAAAAGGUUAACUGAAACAUUAUUAUAACAUUAGCCCUUUUUGUUAAAGAAAAAAAACAUAAUAAGGUGAUAUUUGAUAUUAAAAACUAAGUAGGUCUAACAAAAAUACCUGGAUAUUAGUACAAAGCUAAAGAUGGAACUAAUUAUUAGAAGAUUACAGUUAGGGGUAUACCAAUGCCAUAGAAAACAGAUUCUAACUUGACAUAUCUAUUUAAACAGCUCUAAAGUGUUUUGAAUAAUUGUAAAACUAUAUUUUUAACCAAAAAUAUAUAGAAUAUUAGCUGUCGCUCGUGAUACCGUCCGCGAGGGUUUAAAAACAGAUAGACAAUUCUCAGACCUAUAGUAUAUGCACAUAAAAUUUUAUAUAAAUCGGUCAAGUCGUUUCCAAGGAGUAUGGUAACUAACAUUAUGACACGAGAAUUUUAUAUAUAAGAAAAACAUGUCUAUAGUAAGCCUUUCCGAGUACCAACAGAUUUUAGCAAUGUUCUCUUCAUUGUAAUACAAUGUGGUUGACCUUCAUCUAUACUAUGAUUCAUAAUUAACACUUUUACAUCCAAAUAAUUUUAUUUACAUAUUAAACAAAGUUCGAAGGAUUUUGUAUAAUAUAUACAAGUAUAAUAUAUACAAUAUUUUACUAUUAUCACUUGGAAGAGCACCGGUGGCUCAGGGGCUUAAGCACUUGACUUGCAAUCUGCAGGUCCUGGGUUCGAAUCCCUCCAUGUACCAAUGCUAUU